AACCCUUGAUUCAAGUCCAAUCUAAUUGAUCGUGUAAUCAUCUAAAGUUGCUCUCUUUCCGUAAGAAACAAUACUGCGAUAAAAUCAGGAAUGUCUGCUCAGAAUUCAGAAGAAAGUUUGAGCAGGAGUCAAAACCGUAGAAUCACCUGGGACGGCUGCAGUGUCCUGCUCGACAUCAAUGAUGGCGAUCGAGUGCUUUUCGCUCGCCUCACCGCCGGCUCGAAAAUAAAGAUAGGGAACAAUAGUUGCUCUCUGCAGCCCCUAAUUGGUUGCCCGUUUGGAUCGUCGUUUCAGGUAGAGGUUGGAGGAGAUGGCCCGUUUCUCGCUCGAGUUAUUCCCUCGACAGAAGGUAAUAAUCUUGUGGAGAAAAUGGAUAGCCAAAUUAUGGAGGAGAGCAGAGAUAAUCGUGCAAUAGUCGAUAAUAACACAGCCCAGACCCUCACUGGUGAAGACAUAGAUGACAUGCGGAGAAAGGGAGUAACUGGAGAUGAAAUUGUUGAGGCCCUUAUUGCAAACAGUGCAACAUUUGAGAAGAAAACAGCAUUCUCACAGGAGAAAUACCGGAUCAAAAAGCAGAAAAAAUAUGCACCCAGGGUACUUCUGAGACGUCCAUUUGCCCGAAGCAUAUGUGAAGCAUACUUCAAAAAGCACGCUGAAAAAAUUGGGUUUUUGCGGGUGGACACAUUGUCUGUUAUGCUUUCCUUGGCUAAUGUUACCGCGCACUCAGAUGUACUUGUAGUGGAUAUGCUUGAUGGUAUAGUUACUGGUGCUGUCGCAGAGCGCUUGGGAGGAACGGGUUAUGUAUGUAAUACAUAUUGCGGAAUUACUCCAUAUCCCAUUAAUAUUGUGCGAAUGUUCAAUUUCAGUGAUCAGACUUGCAAAAGGAUAUUGCACGCUUCACUUGCUGAAUUACGACCCACCCCUAGUGGAACUUCAGCAUCCAUUGAUGAGGUCGAAGAUGCCUGUAAUGCCAACAGACAGCAAAAUACAGAAGCCUUGUCCCCUUCUUCUGCUAUAGACUUGGUCAGUAUGGAAGAAAGCUACAGCGGAAAUAUGGAAACUGCAACAAUUGUCGCUGCUUCUCCGAAGUCUAGCAAGAGUAUCAAGGCUGGUGAGAAGGCUCCCUUGGAGGCUAUUAAGUCCUGGAAGGAAAAUGGCUUUUCUAGUUUGAUUAUUGCUGCUCCAGACUUGGAUGUUUGGGGCAUAGCAAAAGAACUUGUACCACUUUUAUCAUACUCAGCCCCAUUUGUCAUUUAUCACCAGUAUCUCCAGCCACUGGCCUCAUGUAUGCACAAUCUUCAGAUUGAGAAAAUGGCCAUCGGCUUGCAACUUUCAGAACCUUGGCUACGCGAAUAUCAGGUUCUUCCAUCAAGGACUCAUCCACAUAUGCAGAUGAGCUCAUCGGGGGGCUAUCUAUUGAGUGGCACUCGGAUAACUGGCAGUGAUCAACCCCAACCAAAUUAGUUUAUCUCGAGAUCUUUACCUUUACCAAGUUUUGAUUUUAAACGUAUUCCAACGUUCAUUGGCAAGAAGUGUAUAGCAAUCCCAAUUCUCCAUCAUCGGAGUAAAUUAUUUCAUACGUGCAAGUCCUUUUGUAUCACUAAACCCUGCCAUUGCUCACAAAAAUGACAGAACAACUUUUCCAAUAGUUUUUCUAGACCACUAUAUUACAAGUUUUUCA